AGUUUUCAUUGUGAAGACCCCUAUACUGCAAAGAUGGUCAAUGUACCUAAAACCCAAAGGACUUUCUGUAAGAAGUGUGGAAAGCAUCAGCCUCACAAAGUGACCCAGUAUAAGAAGGGCAAAAAUUCCCUGUAUGCCCAGGGAAAGAGGCGCUAUGAUCGGAAGCAGAGUGGCUACAGUGCGCAAACAAAGCCAAUUUUCUGGAAGAAGGCUAAAACUACAAAGAAGAUCGUACUGAGGCUUGAAUGUGUUGAGCCCAACUGCAGGUCCAAGAGGAUACAGGCCAUUAAGAGAUGCAAACAUUUUGAACUCGGAGGAGAUAAGAAGAGAAAGGGCCAAGUGAUCCAGUUCUAA